AUGUUCGUCAAAUCCGAGACCUUGGAGUUGAAGGAGGAAGAGGACGUGCUGGUGCUGCUGGGCUCGGCCUCCCCCGCCUCCGCGGCCCUCACCCCGCUGUCGUCCAGCGCCGACGAGGAGGAAGAGGAGGAGCUGGGCGCGUCGGGCGGGGCGCGCCGGCCGCGUGCGGCGGAGGCCGGGCCGGGGCCGCUGGGCGGCUCGCCGCCGGGAGCGGAGGGCUGCCGGCCGGCGCGGCUGCUGGGGCUGGUGCACGAGUGCAAGCGGCGCCCCUCCAGGGCGCGGGCUGCUUCCCGCGGCGCCAAGACGGCCGAGACGGUGCAGCGCAUCAAGAAGACCCGCAGACUGAAGGCCAACAACCGCGAGCGCAACCGCAUGCACAACCUCAAUGCGGCGCUGGACGCGCUGCGCGAGGUACUCCCCACGUUCCCCGAGGACGCCAAGCUCACCAAGAUCGAGACCCUGCGCUUCGCCCACAAUUAUAUCUGGGCGCUCACCGAGACCCUGCGCCUGGCGGACCACUGCGGGGGCGGGGGCGGAGGCCUGCCGGGGGCGCUCUUCCCCGAGACGGUGCUGCUGAGCCCGGGAGGCGCUAGCGCCACCCUGAGCAGCAGCGGAGACAGCCCGUCGCCGGCCUCCACCUGGAGCUGCAGCAACAGCCCGGCGCCGUCCUCCUCGGCGUCCUCCAACUCCACCUCCCCCUACAGCUGCACUUUAUCUCCCGCCAGCCCGGCGGGUUCCGACAUGGACUAUUGGCAGCCCCCGCCUCCCGACAAGCACCGCUACGCACCUCACCUCCCCAUGGUCAGGGACUGUAUCUAG